ACCAACAAAGUCGUCCGAGCUGGGGAGUGUGUGUUGAUGAGGUCGCCGGAGAAUGAGGCGGUACCGUACGUGGGGCAUGUGGAGAAGAUCGAGGCCGACGACCGGAACAACGUGAACGUGACCGUGAGGUGGUAUUACCGCCCGGAGGAGACCAGGGCCGGCCGGCAACAGUUCCAUGGCACCAAAGAGCUCAUGUUGUCCGACCACUACGACGUCCAGAGCGCCGACACCGUCGAGGGCAAGUGCAGGGUCCACUCCUUUGCCGCGUACACGGAGCUUCCUUGCGUGGGCCCCGAGGAUUACUAUUGUCGUUUUGAGUACAAAGCCGCCCUCGGGACUUGCCUCCCCGACCGCGUCGUCGCAUGCCCUAUAAUCCAGAUGACAUCAUGAUGCAAUGCGAGGCCUGCAUGGACUGGUACCAUCCGAGGUGUGUGGACAUGUCCAUCCAACAGGCCAAACAGUUGGAUCAAUACAUUUGCACCAGUUGUGAACAUUCCAAAAAACGCCCAAACCAGCCUUCUUCUACUCUUCCUGCUGCAAUCAACAAUGACAAGGAUAGAUCGAAACGCCAGAAGAGAUAGGGUUAUCUCAGCCUGAAAGGGGCCGGGAUGCGUCGCCACACAAGAGUUACAAGAAAUGAUUAGUGUCUUC